AUGGGCGGCUUCGACUUCUCCAACCACAACCGCAAUGUGGCUCUCCAUGCCCAGGGCAUCCCCCUACCCAAGGCCACCAGCACGGGAACCACCAUUGUCGGCUGUCUAUUCGAUGGCGGCGUGGUAAUUGCAGCAGACACUCGCGCAACCAGCGGGCCCAUCGUCGCAGACAAGAACUGCGAGAAGCUGCACUUCAUCGCCCCCCAGAUCUGGUGCGCUGGUGCCGGUACCGCUGCAGACACCGAGUUCACCACAGCCAUCAUCUCAUCCAAUCUCGAACUGCACGCUCUCUCCACCGGCCGUAAGCCCCGCGUCGUCACCUGCAUGACGAUGCUGAAGCAGCACCUGUUCCGCCACCAGGGCCACAUUGGUGCCUACCUCGUUGUUGCUGGUGUCGACCCCACUGGCGCCCACCUCUUCACCGUCCACGCCCACGGCUCCACCGACAAGCUGCCAUAUGUCACCAUGGGCUCAGGUUCGCUGGCCGCCAUGUCGGUUUUCGAGACACAGUGGAAGGCGCACCUGACGCGCGAUGAAGCCGUCACUCUGUGUGCCAAUGCCAUUGAGGCCGGUAUCUGGAACGAUCUAGGCUCAGGUAGUAACGUGGAUGUGGCCGUCAUCACAGAGGAGAAGACCACCCUGAUGAGGAACUACAAGACACCAAACACCAGACAGCCCAAGCAGAGGAACUACAGGUUCCAACGCGGUACCACGGCGGUGCUCAACGAAAAGAUUAUCAAGAAGGAGGAGAUCAGCAAGUACGUUACCGUGCAUGAGCUCAAAGACGACAACGUGGCCGCCACAGCCGAGACAAUGGAUGUAGACUCGUAG